GCUUCCACCCUAGCUGCAGCUUUCAUUCCAUGACCAGAUGCAUCGGAUUCUCAGAUAUGCGUAUGGUUUUGUGAACUACGCCCUGGAAUUGCUGGUAGUGAAGACAUUCGACACCGAAACAUGGGAGAUUAUAAAGAAGGACGCCGCCGUCAAUAUGGAGGGCCAGUUUUUGGUCCGGCAGAUUUACGACGACGAGAUUACGUACAAUCUGAUCGCAGCCGCGGUCAACCGCCUCAACAUCCCGGCUAACGAAAUACUCGAACUAUUCGGUAAAAUGUUCUUCGAAUUCUGCCAGGAUUCCGGGUACGACAAAAUUCUACAAGUACUUGGCGCUACCCCGAGGGAUUUUUUACAGAAUUUGGACGCCCUCCACGACCACUUGGGCACGUUGUACCCCGGAAUGAGGGCGCCUUCUUUCCGAUGCACGGAGAGGCCUGAGGACGGGGCUCUCAUCCUGCACUACUACUCGGACAGACCUGGACUCGAGCACAUUGUCAUCGGUAUAGUCAAGACCGUGGCGAAGAAGCUGCAUGGAACGGACGUCGACAUGCGGAUAUUGAAGACGAAGAACGAGUGCGAUCAUGUCCAGUUUCUUAUAACGGAUUCCUCGACUCCGGGAGUCGUUUCAAAACCGAUGAUCGCCGAACUGCAAACUUUGUCCCGAGAGCCCAGGGUUAGUCCAGCCACCUUUUGCCGGGUUUUUCCCUUUCAUCUAAUGUUCAACAGACAGCUGACGAUUGUGCAAACCGGCAGCACCAUCACCCGGGUCAUCCCUCAGGUUUCGACUGGUAAUUGCAAGCUGAACGACAUCCUGCUAACCGUCCGGCCCCACCUCGAGUUGACUUUUGAAAACAUAUUGUCACACAUCAACACGGUCUACGUCUUGCGAACUAAAAAUGGCGUGAUGAGGGUCGAGGCAGCUGAGGAAUUCUCGAACAUGCGUCUUAAAGGCCAGAUGCUUUACAUCCCGGAAGCGGAUCUGGUAACUUUCUUGUGCUACCCGAGCGUGAUGAAUCUCGACGAUUUGACCAGGCGUGGACUCUAUCUCAGCGACAUCCCCCUUCACGAUGCUACCCGGGAUCUCGUCCUGAUGUCCGAGCAGUUUGAGGCCGACUACAAGCUCACCAGGAACCUUGAACUGCUGACGGACAAGCUUCAACAGACGUACCGUGAGCUGGACGGCGAAAAGCAGAAGACCGACAGGCUCCUCUACUCCGUACUGCCGAUAUCGGUGGCCAGCGAAUUGCGACACUCGCGACCAGUUCCAGCCAAAAAGUACGACUGCGUGACGCUGCUGUUCUCAGGAAUCGUUGGAUUCGGUGCCUACUGUGCUGCCCACACGGAUUCCAGCGGGGCUAUGAAGAUAGUCAACAUGCUGAACCAACUCUACAUCGCCUUCGACGUGCUUACGGACCCGAAGAAAAACCCAAACGUCUACAAGGUGGAGACUGUCGGUGACAAGUAUAUGGCAGUCAGUGGAUUGCCGGAGCCGUGUCGAAGCCACGCUCGCUGCAUCGCCAGGCUGGCCCUGGACAUGAUGGAUCUGGCAGCGGACGAAGUUCAAAUCGACGGGGAGCCGGUGAAAAUUACAAUCGGGAUUCACAGCGGGGAAGUCGUCACCGGUGUAAUUGGGCAUCGAAUGCCGAGGUACUGUCUCUUCGGUAAUACCGUUAACCUCACCAGUCGGACCGAAACUACAGGGGAACCGGGAAAAAUCAACGUGUCGGAGGACGCAUACAGAUACCUUUGCAUGCCGGAGAACCAGGACCCGCAAUUUCUUCUGGAAUACCGUGGGCCAGUGACCAUGAAGGGGAAAUCGGAUCCAAUGAACGUCUGGUUUCUUACCAGAGAAAGGGAGCUCGCAGCGAAUCUAAGCGUACUAGUUCCCAAUGUUGCUGUUGCUGUUGCUGCACUGAAAUCACUAUACUCACCGUCAGCGACAAUUAGAAUUACUAAGAACUCGAGAGAAACGAUGACUACGACAACGAGGGGAAGGAGGAAUGAUUUGAAAAAGCGAAUGCAUCACUGCACCAAACCCCAAACGCUUCGAAAUUCUUCGGCCUGUGCUGGGCUCGACCUGCUCGAUGACUUUGAAGGCUCAGCGUCUCCGUUGACUGUAAGGUUAAGAACGAACGCCGAUGAGAGAGGACGAGGUCCUGGACGAGGACUGCGUACCUGGAGUCCAGCGAUUUCUGCAGGUGUACAGGUAACGCAGAUAUCGGCGUCUCGUCCGUCCCUGGAGGUGUAUUCAAACGACAAGCCGGAGGAGACGAUGCUUGGCGAGUCGUCAGAGGACGCCACAGCCUUCUUACCGAACCGAAAACUCGCUUCGGUACCAUCGAGCCAAGGGAAAGGCGAAGGAAGGAGAACCACGGACGGCAGUCACGAGGAUCGACUCGACUGGGUUCCCCACCCGAGAAAUAAGGCUAUUGGAGAAGGAGUGAAUCGCGGGCCGAUCGCACUCUCUGGUAACAGUUUACGGACAACCGCUAGAGCCGAGCGUUCUCUCAGUGUCUUAGAAAUGGACGAGGUGAACGGAAUGACCGUCUCUCCGGCACUGCCACCCAAGGAACGGAGCUGCAAGGUAACAGGGCAAGAUGCGCGCCAGACGACAAUCUCGAUCCAGACUAUCCAGAGCCUCUCCCUCCCCGUGGUGCCGGUCGGCGGUCGGACUUCCGAGGCCGGAGCAACGGUAUUUGUCGGUGGCACAGUGCCACCAACCUCGGCAUCGUCGGCCUGGCGAGUACCGGUGGUGCAGAAGUCGAACGGUUAUCAGUCGCUGCAGCAACAGUCAUCGCAGCACCAUCAGCAGUCCUCGCAGCCUGCCCACGUUGUCAAGAUUCGUAUAAACCCUGACGACUCCGCUGGCAAGGUUGUUUCCACAGUGCGAGUCACUCUCGACGAGGAGAAGCUGUACGACAACGUUGCCCGAAGCGGGAACAAUAACAAUAACAACAACAACAAAAAGAACAACAACAGAGGGGCGGAGGACGAGGAGGAGGAGGAGGAGGACAGCUACAAGAAUAAAAACAACAAGAAUACAAACAAGACGAUACACAACGCGGACGGAGCGAAGGUGCAGAGUGCGGGUGCCCUGGUGAACGGUAUCGCGAGUGACCGUGGUUGUGUCCGAAUAAGUGUCGGUAGCAACGAGGCGGACGUUAAUCGGGAGGACAUGAUAGUACAGCGUGAAGUUUCUGGCGCGUUGAGCUCCUCGGGCGGGAACAGAUCCAGUUCCUGUUUCUACUACAGCACGUUUCAGGGCUCGAUCGGGACGAUGGUGAUGUCGAGCGGACAGUGCUCGCCCAGCGACACCUUGGACAGCGGGACAUGCAGCGACCUGGAUGGGACGCCGCCACCCUUGCCGAAGAAGAAGAACGCCAGCACCGUUAUCCUGAGCGGCGGCGGGCAGCACAACAGGACCGGGAGCCUGACCAGCAGCGGGGCCGAGAUCGACAGCGAUGACAACGAGAGCAACGUCAGCUGCGAUUCGCUAAACAGCAGCGAACUGAACGCGGGCGCCGACGAGCUCGGAGGCAAGCCGAAGGAGCCCGACGAAGCUCGCAAUCUCGCCGUCAAGGCGGCACCGAUAUCCGUCAAACUCCCGGAGCCCACGUCACCCGAUAACGACGCGACUCUCAGUCAAAAACCAAGCCCCGACCGCGCUCCGUCACCCGCGGCAUCGUCGAUCGGGACCUGCUCCGUCUCCUCGAAGACGUCGAGCACCCCUCGCGUCCGGAGCCCCGAGGGCCAAGAGCCGACCCGGCGCUCUCCUCCGGUGGUCAAGGAGUGCGCCUACGAGGACAAGAAGAUGGAACGCAUGCGAAUGCAGGACGAAACGGCCGCGGCCGAGUUUUACGCGAACUUCAACCGCGGGAACGGGACCAAGUACCUCUACGACGACGACAGGUUCUACAAGUUUCACGUGAACGAAAACCUGCAGGAGGCCAGGGACGUCGCCAACGCUGCCGCAGCCGCCGCCGCCGCCGCUGCCCUCGCCGAUACGGAGGGUGACGAGUUCUUCGCCGGGUACAAGAUGCUCGAUCGCGAGGCCAUCCGCAGCGCUCGAGGCACCGUCAGGGGCGUGAAGAACAGGGUGCGAGCCGGCAUCGCCACUUUCCUCCAGCAACCUGCUACCAAGAAUUACAAAUUGAAGGACGCCGGGAAGGUUGUCGUCUACACGACGACAAUGGGGAUCGUAAGAGAGACCUACUACGCUUGUACAAAGGUCAAACAGAUACUCAGGACGCACAUGGUUAAGUACGAGGACCGUGACAUGUUCAUGAGCACCGAGUACCAGAAGGAACUUCGCGACCGGAUCCAGUCCACGACCAUUCAGGUCCCCCAGCUAUUCAUAGACGGGCAGUAUAUCGGGGAUGCUGAAGUGGUUGAGAGGCUGAACGAGUCCGGAGAAUUGCGACGCAUGCUGAAGCCAUACAAGAGUCCGGACGCGUGCACAACUUGCCAGAUCUGCGGCGGCUAUCGUCUGCUUCCCUGCUCGGUCUGCAACGGCAGCAAAAAGUCAGUGCACCGCAACGACUUUACGACGGAAUUCGUCGCGCUGAAGUGCAUGAACUGCGACGAAGUUGGUCUCGUGCGAUGCCAGCACUGCUGACCAUAUGGAUAACGUGCCUAUGAUCCUGCUCAACUCGAAUCAACUCAACGCUACCUUUCAACUCACCUUCGUCCUAACGAUUAUAACUUGCAGGGAGGUUAAAUUAUUAGUAUAUAAAAAGACAUAAAUACGUUAAAUAAUAAUC